UAAAAGGAAGAAGAAGGAUCCAAGUUUUGACCGGAAGUUAUCUUUUUCUGGCUCACGCUGUUGAGGAAACCUGCAGUUCACGGAUACAUUAGCUAUUUCCUCCUUGAGUCUGAAGAUACAAGAGAUGAAAAAACAAGACACGGAAGAGUCUGCCACCCAGGGCAGUGAGGCUGCUCCACCUGCAGCAGGAGAGGUGGAGGCACCUGCAGCUGCAAAAGACAGCUUGGACAGCAACAGCCCCAAAGAGUCUGAACCACAGACGCCACAGACAGACACGCCGCCACAAGGCGACGAGGCAGGAGGUGAAGUUGCAGAGGCAUCACUGUCUCAGUGUGACAUGGCUGAGGAGCUGAGCCGGCAGCUGGAGGACAUCCUCAGCACCUACUGUCGGGAAAGCAUUUCAGACGACGCGAGUACCCUGCCCAAUGGCCAGUCACACAGCCCAGAGCUCAAUGGCCUGGCCAGUGAGAGGCAGGACGGCAAGCCAGAGAAAAGCAAAGUCAAUGGAGCAAACAACGGGGUGGAGAAGGAGCAGAAGAAGACUCAGGAGAAGAAGAAAGUGAAGGGUCUGGGCAAAGAGAUCACUCUUCUCAUGCAGACUCUAAACACUUUGAGCACCCCAGAGGAAAAGCUUGGAGGCCUCUGUAAGAAGUAUGCUGAACUGCUGGAAGAACACCGUAACACCCAGAAGCAAAUGCGAGUGCUGCAGAAGAAGCAGAACCAGCUGGUCCAGGAGAAAGACAACCUGAGGAACGAACACAGCAAGGCCAUCCUGGCUCGCAGCAAGCUGGAGAGUCUCUGCAGGGAGCUGCAGAGACACAACCGCACACUCAAGGAGGAAGGGGUGCAAAGAACGCGUCUGGAGGAAGAGAAAAGGAAGGAAGUGACCUCCCAUUUCCAGGUGACACUGAACGACAUCCAGGCUCAGAUGGAGCAGCACAACGAGAGGAACGCCAGUCUUCGACAAGAGAACACAGAGCUGGCUGAGAAACUGAAGAAGCUCUAUGAACAGUACAAACUACGGGAAGAGCACAUAGACAAAGUGGUAAAGCACAAAGACCUGCAGCAACAGCUGGUGGACGCCAAGCUGCACCAGGCUCAGGAGCUGCUGAAGGAGUCGGAGGAGCGCCACGACAGAGAGAAAGAAUUUCUGCUGAAAGAAGCGGUGGAGUCUCAAAGGAUGUGCGAGCUGAUGAAGCAGCAGGAAGUUCACCUCAAACAGCAGCUGUCGCUGUACACAGAGAAGUUUGAAGAGUUCCAGACCACUUUGUGCAAGAGCAAUGAGGUCUUCACCACAUUCAAACAGGAGAUGGAGAAGAUGACUAAAAAGAUCAAAAAGCUGGAGAAGGAGACGGCCAUGUAUCGGUCCAGGUGGGAGAGCAGCAACAAGGCUCUCGUGGAGAUGUCAGAGGAGAAAUCUGUGCAGGACCGUGAGUUUGAGGCACUUCAGGGUAAAGUCCAGCGGCUCGAGAAGCUGCGGCGAGCUCUCAAAGUGGAACGCAACGAGCUCAACAAGAAGGUUCAGAACCUCAGCGAUCCGCACAGUGGCACCACAGGAGCCCCCACCUCUGACCCAGGGACUGACUCCCCCUCUCCGCCGCCUACAGACUCUUUGCAGGAGCCUAGCAGCCUCCCUGACACCGCUCCCUGCUCCCAGUCCUGCCACUGUGACCCAGAACUGGACACAGACACCCUACUUGAAGGGGCUCAGGCCAUCGCUGCACAGGAAUGAAGCAAUGCUGCUCACAGUCCCCUCUUUCCCCUCCAGCAUCAAGCCACCAACCUGCAAGCCGCUACUCCUCUGCUGGAUGAAGCGGAUGUUAAACACUGGUCCAGAAGCAGAUCAGAUAGCAAGGUUACUUUGUGUUCUCCCAGCAUGCUCUGCAGGCUUUAUAAAGUUGAUGAGUGUGUGCCUCGUCCGUCAGUACAUUUACAUGCACACCAUAACUCAAUGACUGUGACUAACCUGAUUCAGGUAAUAAUUUGAUUAAAGCAUUUACAUGGUUCAUAAUCUUAUUUCCCCAAUAUUCAGAUUUACAUGGUUCAUUUAUUAGUCUGGUUAAUUUCCACAGGAAGCCUACAGGAAACACCUUAUAAGCAUCACACAGUAGAGGGGGAAAGUUGGAGGAGUCUUUUUGGUGUUUUUCAAAUUGAUCAUUUCAUGUAUUAGUUGUAAAAUUGCCACAUUCUUGGUGACCAAAAACGUGCUCCACAUGCCACUGUUUGUGUAGCAACAUGGCUUUCAGUCCACUGCUUUUCUGGCGUCUGCGCUGAACCAAAUCAGACUUCAGGUUUAUGAAUAUCACAGUAAUUAAAGGGACAAGUUAUCCAGCUCCGACUUAACUCGACUAAGACAACCCUGUUCACAUUAUGGACGCUGCAAUCUGCAAUAACCUCAGUAUGAGUGUGCAUGUGAAUGCACAGGAUGCCUCUGUGUUGUGCUGUUUUACUACACAUGGCCUUUUUGACUUGCAUCAAACACAGAACAGUUUGGCAAGAUAAAUAACAAUGCUGCUUGGAAUGACACAAGACAAACCGGUAAAUGGAAAGGGGAGUCAUCAGAGGUUAAAUGGGGUGUGUGUGUGUGUGUGUGGGGAGACACUGUCUCAUUUUCAUCUUGAGUGUCUGUUGGCUUGCAGUAUCCUAAAGGCCACCUAUAGUAACGUAAUGUUUCUUUCAGGUGAAGUCUUAACAGAGAUGUUAAACAAAUGAUGUAUUCAGCUAAUCCAAUUCUUAACAUAAAAAUAACAAUUGAAGGAUGUUUUUCAUUAAGAUUUCUUUUCUUUUUCUUUACAUAGCUCAGAUGUUAAGAACACUUUACAAUAUUUGUUUCACCAGAGUCUUCAGUUCUUCAUUUUAAGGGAAAUGUUUCUUUGUUUUUUGUUUGAAUCACACUGUUUAGUUUGUGCAGGGUUUGGUUUUGUGGUGUGUAUUUAUUGUUGAAGCAUAAUCUCUGAUAUUGAAAUGUGUGUGUCUUUCAGAGCACCACCAUAAAAAUAAAUCUGUUUAUUUUUUUGAUAAUUUAGAAAAUGAAUUAAGGCGUUACUUUUAUGACCAACUUUUAAUUCCUAACCUUUUUGAGUUCCGUUAAUACAUUUGUUUUCCAUGUUUUCCAGUCUGCUUAUAAACUUGUAAUGACGGCCACUUGAAACAUAUCCCCUGUAUUGCGCCGUCUUUGUGCGUUGGGAUGUAUGGGGUGUGUGGCGUACGUGAUGAUUGUCUCCUCCCAGCCCUGGUUAUUGCAGUAGCUUGUAAUCAGGUUUUUAACUAGAGAAUGUUCAAGGACCUCUAUGCAACGCUUGCCUCUUGGUUUUAUUCUGUGGCAGUCUGAACUCACAAGCACUUAGCUGAGAAUGUAUAUUCACUAUAUCUACUGUCCUGCAUGGAUGUACUAUAUUAACAGACAACAUAUCUCACAGCAGAACUCUAUUUUUGCUCAAGUUUGAACCCUGUUAAUUGUCUCUCAACUGUUUGACUUUGAACGCAAUAUUGUGCAUCACCCUGAUGCGGAGGGAAAAAGGAACGAAAAUGUUAUUGGACUUUUGAAUUGUAGUGUCACUUCCAAACAUGUCCAUUUCUCUUCAGACAUUCCCAUGUACUACUUAUUAUGUAGCAUUGGUAACAAGGUGUCAACUUACAGAAUCAGCCAUUUUCUACUUCAAUACAAAUGGCAAACCUAAUUUCUUCCAUUGUCUCACAGGACAGAUUCUGUGUACCUCUGGCCCUGUGGCGGAUGUGGGGGUUCAUUGACCAUGAGAAGGAACCAAAGAUGUUUCCUUUUUUGUCUUUUGCAGUACUUUUAUCUGACCCUGUAUAUUUUGUUUCUUGUUAAAUAAAAGAUGUAACAGUGUAUUCA